AUGGGAGGCCCUGGUGGGUUUUUAGGAGCCGGAACAGGAGGAGGGGCCUCCUUUUUCAAGAACAUCCAACGGUCCUUAUCCAUAGCCGCGCCUGAUCGUGGCCGUCCGCCUCCCGCCCCCACCCCUCGCGUCCCCUCCUCCCAUUCCGCCACGUACGAGUCUCCCCCUAUACGCCCCCAGCCUCCCCCUUCCCAUGGCGCUGCGGUUCGGGGAAGAUCAUCAGGAGGAGCAACAGAGCUUCAUAUAACGCUGGACGAGAUCCGGUUUGAGAACCAGAGCAGCAGCAGCAGCACCGGUGGAUUUGGGGCGAUUGCCAGUGGUAUAAGUGGUAGUGGCAGCGGUGGUGGUGGUAAUGGUAGUGGUGGGGACGGUCGUUCUGGUAGCACUGCUAUCGUCCGCACCCAAUCCGCCUCCUCCCCUGCUUCCCCAGGCUUCAGCGUCCUCUCUCUCUUCACCUCCCCUCCUCAAACCCACCACCACCACAACCAUCACAACCAGCAUCAGCAGCACAGCCAACAGCAGCAGCACAGCCAACAGCAGCAGUCGCGUCUGUCUCAGACCUCCCCCCGUACCGCUGCUGCUGACGUCAUCUCCUUCUUCACCUCCCCCUUCUCCCUUGGCCCCUCCGCCUCCCCCGCACCUCUCCCCCGCCAAAGCUCUGCAGGAGGCGCCUCCCCCCUCCGCAGGUCGUUACCAGGGGGGGUGGUAUCUCCUGCGCUCUCUGGGGGCGGGGGAGGGGGGGGAAUUGGAGGAUUGUGGGCUUUGGUGACGCGGACUAGCAGCAGUGGGAUUGGUGGGGGAGGAGGCGGGCUGGAUGACGUGGCGGAGUCUCUGCCCUUAUCUGCCACGUCAUCAAUGAACACGUCACUGGGGAUCCUAGCUGGCAUGUCGUCGCUGCGACCCGUGCAGGCGGAGCAGGCAGAGCCGUUGGAUGCAAGCUUUUUCGAGGAGGUGAGUCUAUGGGGAUGGGGUGGGGAGUGUGGAGGGAUGGCGGAGCAGGCAGAGCCGUUAGAUGCAAGCUUUUUCGAGGAGGUGAUCGUAUGGGGGGAAGGGGGGAGAGAGAGAGGGGGGGAAGGGGGAGACAGGAGGGAGGGGGAGGGAUGGGGAGGGAGUGGGAGGGAAGGGGAGGGCGUUGGUGUCUUGUUGCAAGGGAUGAACCUCUUUGCGGAGCUGGAGCGGGACCUUCAAGUGCUCUAUGUCAUCUGUAGGAACACACGCCGGCUGCUGAACAGUGCGCGCAAGGACAUCUCAAAGAACCUAGUGGUGUCCAACAAUGUGCAAAAGAAGCGCAUGGCCACUAGUAUGAUUCCAGUGUUGCAGCACAUGCAGCAGAUAGCACAGAUGAAGGCAAGGCUACAGCAGCUGGUGGAGGGCACCCACUACCCUGCUGCCCUGCAGCUGUGCUCGCGCUGCCUCGUGCUCGUGGAACAGAGCCGGUCACUGUGGGCCAUUGGAGACAUGAGCAGCAGCCUUGAGGGCUGGCUGGCACGGGUAGUGGAUGAGGUGGACGCCAUUCUCUUCACAGUCUGCCGCCGCUACAACCCCACCGCCUAUGCCACGGUGCUGGAUUCAUAUGCAGUGAUGAACGGGCUGCCCGCCCUGGCAGAGAAGGUGCACAACUUCUUCUCCCAGGCAGUGGUGUCCGAGACCUAUGAUAUCCUGCUGCAGUUCGUGGAGCAGGGAAGCACAGAAGACGACGUCAGAAGAAGCAGGAUGGCAUACAGCGAGCUGUGCGGGCAGCUGUCGGACCGAUUCUUCUUCCUCUGCCUCAUUCGCACCAUGGAGCUCGUUUUUGAGCUCAUGUGCUCGCACCACGUCAUGAUGACCGCUCACCACCCACUGCUCAAGACAGUAUCUGCUGCUCCCGCUGCCGCUCCGCCCGCUGCUCCCCCUGCUGCUCCGCCCUCCGCUGGUUCAAACGCGCCCCAAGCUGACCCGGCGAUUGCAAGCAGCAGCAGCAAGAGUGGUGGUGGUGAGAGCAGGGCGAGUGAGGAAAGUAGGGCGAGUGAGGAGAGCAGUGCUGCUCCGGACCGGCUACUGGUGCUGCUGCUGCACCUGGCGCCAGUGGCAGCAGAGGUGCUGGUGGCAGCAACAGCGUUGCACCCAGCAGUGCUGCAGCACCCACCGGCAGUGGUGGUGGUGAUGGUUUCAGUGAUAGAGUGGUGGGUGCUAGUGGCAGUGGCGCUGUCCCGUCGCCCGGCCAGUGAGCUGACGCCAGCUGUGCGGGAGGCGGCAGCAGCAGCAGUGAGGGGUGCGCUAGAGAAGGGUCGGAAGACGGUGUGGGAGCUGGCUGCUCGAAGGGUGGCGGCUCUUUUAUCUGCUCCUCCUGUGUGGCUCUGGCACCUCGGAGCAGUUCCUGCAGGUGCGUGCUUGUGCCUCUGUUCUGUCUACAUCUCUGUUUCUGAUUCGCCAAUACAGGAAGACGGUGUGGGAGCUGGCUGCUCGAAAGGUGCAGCUCUUUUAUCUGCUCCUCCUGUGUGCUCUGGCACCUCGGAGCAGUUCCUGCAGGUAGGUGCUUCUGUUUCCCCUUCUCUCUUCUCACUCAGAGUGAAUCUGGCAGCAGCAGUGGAGAAGGCGGUGUGGGAGCUGGCUGCUCGAAGGGUGGCGCCUCUGCUGUCUGCUCCUCCUGUGUGCUCCGGGACUUCUGAGCAAUUCUUGCAGGUGCGUGCUUGUGCCUCUGUUCUGUCUACAUCUCUGCUGCUGAUUCGCCAAUACAGGAAGGUGGUGUGGGAGCUGCUUCUCGCAGAGUGGCGGCUCUGCUGUCCGCUCCUCCUGUUUCUCUGCCUGGUCGAAGAGUUUGUGCUGGCAGGGGAGGCGUUCACCUUCAAGGCAAAGGGCUGGGAGCCUGAGUCUUAG